UAGGAAAUUAUCAGAAAACAAUAAAGUACGAUGGUACAAGGAGUGCUGUUCGGAAUAGUUCUUUGUGUUGGAUUUGGAUGGAUUGUGUUGAGUGUAACAUCGUUGGAGUUUGAAAAUCGAACAAUACCUGACCCUUCUUCGUAUUUAUACUACUCAAACCCACGAACAUCAAGUAUUCAGCGGGAAUACCUUAUUCUGGAAAUUCACCCAAGGACCUUUUUCUUGUGUCCUAAACAUUUUUCUAUUUAUGCAAUAAGCCAGAAGCUAGUACUGUCUCAAAAACUUUAUCAGUUGCCUGCUGGCGAACAGUGGGGUGAAAAAACUCAAAAUGUGACUGUAAAUGAUGUUCUUUCUAAUUCAGUAAACCCAACUGCCUGUCCCACGUUGAAUGAGUGCCUUGGAUACCAGGGCUGUUUAUUCAAGUUUGGUAAUGAGUUUUGUCAGCAAGACCCAGCUGCUUCUGUCCGUAAAGUAUUGAAUGUGAAUAUCACGUGCCUUUAUGAUGAGAGUUUCUUUUCUCAAAUCACAGACUGGAAAGUUGAACAAGCAGAAUGGCAUGAGCGUACCAAACAACUUUUGUCUCUUUAUUAUAAAUCUCGUGUAGAACAUGGAAUAAGAGAUUAUGCCAGAACAGUCAUUAAUAAAUUAGUAUUACAAGAAGAUGACAUUUUUAGUUUUUCUUGUCCCAAACUAGGAGAAGCACAAGAAAAAGGAUACAUGGGAGAAUGUGGAUCUGAAGCUCCUGAUGCUGAAAAAACUAGUGAAAUGUUGUGGAAUGUUUUGGGAAGAGUUUCAAAUGCCCAGUGCCGUGAAGAAAUCCAGCAAGUUUUUUGUGCAUACAAGUACAACUCUAGAGGUGCUUGUUUUCCACCUUUUCUUAUAGAUCACAAGGAAAAGAAAAAAAAAUUGAGUUUUAGAUCUCUUCCUGCUCAUGGUGUUUGGGUGAACAAAGAAAUUCACCAGAAGUUAUUAACUUAUUCAAAUCAUCAUCUGAUUCCUGCUAGACUGGGGUUUGUUCUACUCAUUCAUCAAGAUAUUCCAGCUGUGAUGGAAUUACUGCAAUUAAUCUAUCGGCCUUAUUACUUCUAUGUUAUUCAUGUAGAUGUCAGAGCAACAAAUGUUAGAGAGGAGCUUGAAACAAAGAUUAAUAUGCUGGCACUCCAAUCUAACAAUAUUCGGGUUCUUCCGAAAGAUCGAUCCUUUUUAACAUCUUGGGCUUCCUAUGAUAUAGUACGUGCACAGCUAGAGGGAUUUGAAGAGUUACUGAGAAUGGGAACUUGGGAUUUUGCUAUCAAUCUCAGUGGGGCAGAUUUGCCACUCAGAGAUGUUGAUGAUUUGGCUGCAGCACUAGCACAAUACAGAGGCCUGACCUUCUUCCCAUUCUAUUCCUGGAGAAACCAAAACACCAACAACAACACGAAACCACUUCUGGAAAGUGCUUUGCAUGCUUGUGAGGGAUAUGUUUACAAUGUCUCUUAUAUGGCUGGAGAACCACUCAGUGAGAAUCUGCUGGUUUUUUCUUCUUCUCAAUGGGGUGUAUUUAGCAGGAAUUUUGUGCAGUAUUUACUGCAAGAAGAAGAGAGAUCAGAACAAUUCAAUAAACAUCAGUUCUACCUUCAGACCAGUCCUGUCCCAGACGAAUCAUAUUUAGUGACAGCUCUAGUAAACUCACCAUUUAAUAAGACGCUUAGAAUGGGAGGAAUUCGUCAUUUUAAAAGAUUUUCCAAUACUGAUAUUGACAACUUGUGUCGACAUAGAAAUGAUGCUGAUUUUUGUGGCCAGGGUCCAGCUGUGUUUGAAGAUCAGGAUAUUGAAGAGCUACACAUUGCAGCACAUAGAGCUUUCUUUGCCCGUAAAUUUUACACUAGUUUUUAUCACAAAACCAGAAUGGUAGCUGUGAAGUUAGUUCAUCAAGAGUAUUACUCCAUACUGAAUCACUUUAUUGAUUCUUCUAUAAUCAGGAAGUUAGCAGAAGUGGUUAUUCAGAAAGUUAUGAAAGAGAACAGUACUACCCUUGGACAAUUUGUAGUGCUUCAGGAUAUUCUCAAUUUUCGAGUUUUCCCUUUUAUUCUUCCACCCAGUUCCUGUUGCCUUCUUCCUCAUCAGAGAGGGUUUAGAAACACUGUUCAGUAUAAAUACUGGAUUGACUUUCAAGUUGCCAACAAUGAUUUUUCAGACACUCAAGCGAUUCGUGCUUCAGUGACCUCUUCAUUUGGAGUUACUAAAUGCUUUGGAGAUACUGGUCACUUAAAAUUUCUCUUUGCUACUACAUGGACAAGGGAUAUACCAGGUGAUGGGAAGUUAGGUUUAGAUGUAUCUCUCCCUGUUCCUUUUGGUCCAGCUUAUGUUUCAGUUGUUUGGAUUCAACUCUAUUUUUAUAUUGAAGAAGACAAAGACAGGUGUGAAGGUGAGGCUUCAAUCCAAGGAACUCCCCUACUUUUUGAUGACCUGAAUAUAGCUGAUGUGCAGGCCAAGCCUUUACACUUAACCUUGGAGCUUAUAAGAAGUGAUGGGUAUGUAAAAUGUAGUCAAGAUCGUGUGGUAGAAUGGAACAACAGUACGACAGUGGCUAGCAAUCCAGAGGUUGAAAACCCAAAGUUUGACAUGCUGAUAUUUAGCACACAGUUACAUUGUGGGCUUAUGGAGCCCGGAUUUUGGACAUUAAGAGUCUUCAAGGCUAAUGAUAAAGAUCCUCGAACAUAUGAGAAGAUUAUGUUAUUAUUAGACAUUUCUCAAAAAAGUGGUUUAUCCACAGAAACUAUUUCUCAGUUGUGGGAAUUGGAGGCUGCUGCUUUUCUCCCUCUGCCUGACUUUUAUGGAGACACUGUUGAGAACCAAAAUCCUAUAAAUGUUUUUCCUUAUCCAUUAUCACACCACGGCCAGCAAGAAAAAAUACAUGACAAGUCAGCAAUGCAGAAUGGUUCAUGGUAAUUUAAAAUUAUUUUAUAU